UCAGUCCGAUUUCUCGUCGUUGGCGGAAGCCGGCAUGGGGAACGUCUUCACCCACUACAACCCGCAGGCGUCCUGGAGGAGGCGGGGGCGGCCGCUGCCUCUGCCCAAUCCGGGGAGCUUCGAUGAGCUGCACAAGAGCUGUAAAGAGGUGUUCCCGCAGCAGAUGGUGGGGGUGAAGGUGAUCAUCAACAAAUAUCUCAGCAGCCAUUUUCAGGUCAGCCACCACAUUCAUAUGAGCUCGAUGGGACAGUCGGGGUAUCACUUUAACGCCAAGUACAUGGGAGACCAACUGCCUGGCUCCAAUGAGACAUUCCCUCUGCUGACCGGAGAUCUGGACAACCACGGCAGCCUGAACGCCCAGGCCCACUGCCUGCUGGCCGAACACAUCCGAUCCAAGGCCGUAUUCCAGACUCGUCAUGCCAAAUUCCUUACCUGGCAGAUUGAUGUAGAAUAUCGGGGAGACGAUUUUACGGGGACCCUGACCUUAGGAAACCCAGAUUUAAUUAAUGACUCAAUGAUCCUGGUAACACACUUCCUGCAGAGCAUUACACCCCGAUUGGUCCUCGGCGGAGAGCUGGUCUAUCAUCAACGGCUGGGGGAGGAAGGCGCCAUCUUGACAAUGGCUGGAAAAUAUUCAGCGGAUAACUGGGUGAGCACUCUGAAUAUCGGGUACGGUGGAGCUCAUGCCAGCUACUAUCAUAAAGCCAAUGAACAAAUUCAGGUCGGGGUGGAGUUUGAGGCCAACACUCGUCUUCAGGAAACCUCCUUCGCUUUCGGCUACCACCUGAACCUCCCCAAAGCCAACCUGGUCUUCAAAGGCUCGGUGGACAGUUCGUGGUGCGUGGGGGCGGUGCUAGAGAAAAAAACUGCCCCCUCUGCCCGUCACCCUGGCGCUGGGAGCGUUCAUGAAUCACUGGAAGAACAAGUUUCACUGCGGCUUUAACAUCAUGGUGGGAUGA